CAGUUUAUGAUUAUCCACGAAUACUUAGUGUUGUUUGUCAAAGGCCUUAGAAGUCAACAGAAACAAAUAACACGCACUAUGCCGCCUUCAAUUCACCCUUGAGCUGAAAUCUGGAUCAUGCCUACCAUCACUGACCUCCCAGAUGAGCUUCUGGAUGAGAUAGCACAUCUCUUACCGCAGGGGACUUUAUUCUCCCUAUGUACCGUUUCAAAUCGCUUCCAACCUCGCGCGACACGAUGGCUCUACCGGUCUCUGGCCCUGGCAGGCAACGGUGAAACGAUAAAGAUAUGCAAGGCCCUCGUUUCAAACAGACUUGCUGCUAUUUCUGUUCGCAAAGUUCUCCUGUGGCCAGGUUUAGCAUUCUCUCGCCUAAGUCUCACAGGAGGACCUUUUUAUCUCUAUUUGUCCGCCUUUUACAAGUUGCUGUCCCGUGCCUUGGCUUGUGCGAUAAAUGUGGAAAAUAUCCGGUUAAUGUUUCCUUACUGCGGAGCAUCUCUGUCAUUAGAUGCCUGCACGUUCCCAAACUUGCAUUCCUUCGCCACUACAAUGGAACCCCAUACUCUUGCCUCAUUUGUCAGGAGGCACCCGAAGCUUCAGGAGCUGCAUAUAUCUCCGAGUGAUAUGAGAUCUAUUCCAUUAUCAGAAUUCAGCGGAAUAUCCCUUUCCUCACUGAAUUCGGUCUGCCUUCCCCAAUCUCUGCUGUUUAUAAUUUCUCCGGAUGCACCCCUCCAAUCUGUUUUGUCCCCAGAGAUCGAGGACGACAACGAAGAGAUCCCACAUUUUAUCAGGCACCUUUCUCGAUAUUCCACAACGCUCACUGAGCUUUACUUGUGCCGUCCUCACUGGAAUACUGAAGUUUUAAUGCAUGUCGCGACUUUACUGCCAAAUAUCAAAAACUUCACAUUAAGUAGGAUGAUACCUGGUCUGGCCAAUAAGCCUUUUCUCGAAGCAUGCGAAAGAGCACUUCCUUUCUUCAGCUCCCUCAGUCAAUUACGCAUCGAAGUUGCACGCAGUCGAGAACUAUCGGAAUUUACUUCUGUGUCCGAUUACAGAUGCGACUUCACGAUGAUUCAAAUGUGGGGCAACAAAUGCCCGACCCUCAGUAUUUGUGUCUUUCCAUCUGGAACCGCAUGGCAUCGUAUUGAGGACAACGUAUGGAUGCCGGACUUGCAUCACAAAGCUGCAAUUCGGUGGUUCUUUGAGGCCGCCUCCACGGACCGGUUUCCGAUCGAUGUCAUGGGGUCUUUACAGCAGUUCUGCGAUUCCAUGGGGAAAGUUGACACUCUUGGACUACUCAAUUUUAGGUCACCGUCAGCCAUGGAAUCAGUUGGUCUUUACCGCCAGACAGAGGAGGACGAAUCAGAGUUUGACUUCAGUGAUUCGGAUGAGAACGAUAUCGAGAUCGAGGAAUGAGAUCAAGUGAUGUAGGUCACGGGCAACCGAGUUCGGUACUGUGUAGUUGAAGAAAUCAUGUCGUUGAAGGGGGUCCUGUCUUGCUGUACACUACGAAUAUUUGUGC